AUGGCUCAACCAUCAGUCGCCAAGCCGUCUGCAGGCGUUCUCCCGAUUCCUGCCUCAGCCACCCAGAAACCGGCGACACCGGCGAAGAGCACGCCCAAGCCUCCUGCUCCCCGACUGAAGCUCGUCGUGAGAAGACUACCGCCGGGCCUGACACAGACUGAAUUCGAGAACUGUUUGGGAGAGGAAUGGAAGGUUGGCUCAGGAAAGGUAGACUGGUUCCAAUAUAAAAAUGGCAAGGUUUCCAGAGAUCCAGCCAAACCAUCCCGACCGGCACGAGCGUACCUUCAUCUUACCUCAGAAGACCUGAUUGCCCCUUUGUCAGAUAAGGUCAAGAGCACUUCCUUUCACGAUUCUCGCAACACCGUAAACGACCCGGUGCUUCUUGGGCCGCCCUCACUCGAAUUCGCUCCAUACGCCCGGAUUCCCAGCGGCCGUGUACGGAAGGAUGGACGCCAGGGUACGAUCGACCAGGAUCCAGAAUUCAUUGCGUUCCUCGAGAGCCUCACCAAUCCGGUUCCCAAGCCUACGCCAGUCGACGCGCUGCCCGAAAGCGAGAAGAAAGAAGAGGAAGUGACUACGACGCCCCUUGUCCAGUUUAUCAAGGAAAAGAAAGCAAACAAGGCCAAGGAGAGCGCCUCUCCCAGCAAAUCGAAACACAAGGAGAAGGAAAACAAGGCCGAGAAAGUCCAGGCGAAGAAAUUACUGAAACGAGCCGAGAAGGAAACCCCUCAACAACCUACGACUACGGACAAGAAGACAAAGGUGGAGAAGGCAACGAAGGAAGCGGUGAAAGCUGCCAACAAGCAGGCUGCGAACGCUGCCGCCAAGGCGUCGAAAGCUGCUCCAGCGCCGGCACCCAAGGAGACAGCUGAGCAGCCUUCUACAACUACCCCGACUCCUGCCCCAGAACGCAAGAGAGAGCGAGGAGAUAUCAGCGCAGCGGCCAAGAUUCUUCAACGCGAUCUAGGACUUGUUCCGUCCGGUGGCCGGCGUCGAGGAGGAAAAUCAGCCCAAACAACAGAAGAAUGCAACGCGAAAACUGCUCCUAGUCAGCCUCCGACACCUACUCCAACUACGGAACCAGCACCGUCUCGCGCCACGCCUGAGAGCGCUGCUCCGCCCACUGGUCCAGCUGCGACGACCUCCAAAGCCUCCAAGCAGUCGAAAGCCAAGCAGACCGUCUCUCCGACAGCCACACAAGCAUUCCUUAAGCACGCGAACCCUUCACAGGGCGUGACAGAGCCCCUUCUGGAAACCACUUUCAGUGCGUUUGGCAAGGUGCUGAAGGUGGAAAUCGACAAGAAGAAGGGAUUCGGGUACGUGGAUUUUGCGGAACCCGAAGGUCUUCAGAAGGCCAUCGCUGCCAGUCCGGUGACCGUCGCGCAGAGUCAGGUUGUCGUCCUGGAGAGGAAGAAUCCUCCGCAGCCGAAAGGGAAAGGCGGGAAUGAACCACAGCAGCAGCAGCAGCAACCACAACAGCAGCAACAACAGCAGCAGGCGCAGGCGCAGCAGUCGUCCCAGCGUAGUGGGAAAUCGGGCAAGUGGACGCGGCAGCGGAGGUCGUGGGCGAGGUAA